AUGGACACGCAACCUAUCCUCAACUACGACAUCCUCCUGGAAGUCAUGAAGGCUUGUUCUAUGCCCGAUUGCGCUCGUUUCAUGCGCACCGCACGCUUCUUUCGCGACCAUGGGGCCAAGACAUUGCUCUCGCAUCCUCAAUCCCUUCGUCGGGAUGCGCAUUUGGUUCAAUUCAUUAAUUAUUUGCGGAUGCAAGGCACCAAUCACUUCCAAUUUGUGCGCUCCUUGUCCUUCGACGUCCAAGAUCUCACCAAAGCCACCGCCGAGAAGUUGGCCCGCGCUUUCUCUUCAAUGUCCGCGCUCGAGGACCUGCGGAUUAUGUACAGCGAAGACUUUAUCCGGUCCCACCCAGACCUCUCCAAUGCUAUUUGUCACCUCACGUCUCUUCGACGCCUCCGCUUGAUCUACGCUGGCGACUAUACCCUCAACAUGCUCCUGUUCCUACGGUCCAAACUCACCUCCAUCUAUCUUGACGUCUCCUUUGGUGUAGACUACGCAUAUGGAGAGGCUUUCGACGACGGCCGCCACCUAUUCCACCCUGCUAUUCUACUAGCACACUCAAAGUCCACGCUCGAGGAGAUAUCCAUCCAGCGCUGGUUCAGAAUCCCCGGGACCCCUCCUCCACCUUCGAAGGCACUUCCGAACGUACGCCGCCUCACGCUGGCACGGCCCCAUUCCCCUGCGAGGGCCACUUCGUACAUCGUAGCAUACCCAAAUCUGACGCAUCUGCACUUCGACACCGCCUCCACCAUCGAAACCUACGGCGUCGACGGCAUGGACACUUUCCGUGCUCGCAACAUCUUGGAGCAGCGUGACGAAGGCCCCACUUGGAAGUCGUUGGACCGGUUGAAGGGCUGCCUUCCCGACCUUUACGUGCUGGGCCUGACCUGCACCAUCGAGCACUUGGAAGUGACUCGCCAUUUAUCCGGCGUAUACCUUUACAUGCUCGGGCCUGUGCUCUCCUUCGCCCGUCCCCGACAUCUCACGCUGCCGACAUGGCCCUCGGAGAAGCUUCAUGAUCCGACCUCCGACCUAUUCGCGUGUUUCCGAGGACCAGGCAGCUCGCGACUCGAGAUGCUUGACAUGAAGGGCGACUUGGAGAAGAGCGACAGCGAUCUGGACGUCGCUGCGGUUUUGGAAGGACUUUUCUCCGCCCUUGCGGCGGGUGCGCCCCUGCAAGAGUUGCGCGUGGAGAUCAAACUGAGUCGCGUGGAUCCCCGGCCGAGACGGUGCUGGCGCCGGGACUGUCCUCCGUUCUCGCUGGGAUGGCAGCAUGGGGAUCCGAUUCGCCCCCUUCCCGACCUUGAAGAACACCCUCUCAAUGCUGCGGAGGAGUCGGUCGUCAACUUCGACGCGCGGGGAUACGUACAGCGGUUCACUGCUGCUGUGCCCACGCUGCGACAGCUCAGCAUCCACUUCUUCGGUCCUCGGUGGCGACAUAGGACGGUCACCCUUGUCGACGCCGAGGUUCAGAUCGAUGGAAGCUGGUGA